CCGCAGGGAAUAUCAGGCGGUGUAGUAAACAAGAACGUAUCAAGUCCCCAACUAUCACCCAUCUACACGCCCAGAUACAGUCUCCAUUUGUCGUGUGGUCUUGCCUGACACUUCUCACCAUGUCGGCAGACUCCCAGAUCUACCGGGCUAGCACCACUGCCCCUGUCAACAUUGCUGUCAUCAAGUACUGGGGCAAGCGUGAUACAGCUCUCAACCUUCCUACAAACUCUUCUCUAUCCGUUACUCUAUCGCAAAAAUCCCUCCGAACCCAUACUACAGCGUCCGCCUCUUCUUCCUAUUCUGGGCAGGACUCCUUGAUCCUCAACGGGGAGGAAGAAGAUAUCCAGUCUUCUAAACGUACCCAAGCAUGUCUGAAACACCUGCGAUCACUUCGAGCCGAGCUUGAAGACAAGGAUUCCUCGCUCCCUAAACUCUCCAGCUUCCCUCUUCGACUAGUCUCAUCCAACAACUUUCCUACUGCUGCCGGACUGGCAUCUUCGGCCGCUGGGUUUGCCGCACUGGUCAGGGCAAUUGCAGAUCUCUAUGAAUUACCACAAUCGCCUGAACAACUGUCAUUGAUUGCAAGACAAGGGUCCGGGUCUGCAUGUCGAAGUCUGCAGGGAGGAUUUGUAGCUUGGAGAGCAGGGACAGAGGCCGAUGGAAGCGACAGCAAAUCCCAAGAAGUUGCACCCGUCGAGCACUGGCCUACGAUGAGAGCUCUAAUUCUCGUGGUCAGUGCCGAGAAGAAGGGCGUCCCCUCCACGGCAGGAAUGCAAACCACGGUCGAGACAUCAACUCUAGCACCAGCUAGAUUCACCGAGAUCGUCCCUCGAAGAAUGAAGGAGAUUGAAAAGGCGAUCCAGGAGAAAGACUUUGAGACGUUUGGACGAAUCACCAUGCAAGACUCGAAUUCUUUCCAUGCCAUUUGUCUCGACUCUUGGCCUCCGAUUCAUUACCUGAAUGACGUGUCGAGAGCGGCGAUGAAUGCGGUGGAAACGGCCAACCGGAAGGCAGGGAAGAUUAUUGCCGCCUACACCUUUGAUGCGGGCCCUAACGCUGUCAUCUAUUACGAGAAGGAGAAUGCCCACCUUGUGGCUGGGGUGUUCAAGAACGUGCUUGCACGGGUCAGCGGAUGGGAGGGCGAGUUCAGUGACGAGAUCCGACCCAACGAGUACGGUUCAUUGGAACAAAAGACAUUGAUGACGCUCAAGUCAGGUGUAAGUCGAGUCAUCUGUACUGGAAUCGGAGGAGGUCCAGAAAAGAUCGACCGCCAUUUGGUAGAUGAACAUGGACAACCUGUUUCAUCAGAGUAAGAGAUGGGAUAGUCCAGACAUGUGCGUAUCUAGGGAAAUGCCAAACACAAAUCCACGGGACAGACUAUUCUGGUAUCGCGUCCGGCGCCCGAAAUUUGUGAUAAGACCCUUGUGCAGUACGCGUAGUAGUGGAUGAUUUUCAUUCUAAAGUAUGCAAGUUUAUGCAGGACAAGGUGGAUCGAGUCAAGUCGAGUCGAUGGCGUCGUCAUCGACGUUUACAGACAAGAGAGAUUUGGCAACGGGUUAAUUGUGUGUAAUCAAAAAUCACUAAAGGAUGGAGCGAGG